CAGCCUGUCUGCUGAUGAUGAAACUAUAUGCCGGUUGAAGGGAUGGAAUGUAACUGUGGUUACGAGUGAGUAGCUUAAGUUAGCCUAUUAACUGUUUAGCAUUACUUCCCUUGGAACGUGCUGAGAUAGAUUCCCUUGGAUAUGUAAAUUACUUAUUUCUCAUAAACCCGAGAGACUUUUAAGCGUUGGAGUUGACAACAUAAGGACGUUCUGAGAACAUCGCUUGCUUGCUUGUGAAGGAGGGAUACUCUCUAGCCUAAACAUUUCAGAAUGGACGAGGAAAUCAACGAUAACAAGAUCAACCCAGCAGACAAUAUUUCUUCUAAUGACGAAAAUGCGUCUUCAGACAACAGUGUGAAAUACUACACCCUCGAAGACAUAAGAUCUCAUAAUACGUCCAAGAACACAUGGCUUAUCAUCCAUGAAAAGGUGUAUGACAUCACAAGUUUCCUAGAGGAGCAUCCAGGGGGAGAAGAGGUUUUGCUGGAGCAAGCAGGUGCAGACGCUACAGAGAGCUUCGAGGACGUUGGUCACUCAACAGAUGCCAGGGAGAUGCUUCAGCAAUACUAUCUUGGCGAACUUCAUAUGGAUGAUCGUAUGAAGCAGAGCCCAAAGGAAGAACACAUUUCAUCUUCAGGAGAGUCCAGCUCUUGGACUGCAUGGCUGAUACCUGCCAUGGCCGCUGCUGUUGUAGGCAUCAUGUAUCGUUACUACUUGCUGGAACACAAGUCCUCAUGAGCACUGCCAUUGUUUUACAUUUAGUCAUUUAGCAGACGCUCUUAUCCAGAGCGUCUGCUAAAUGACUAAAUGUCAUUUUCUCGUCAUCAGUUUGGGGGCCUUCACAUGUUUGACCAAAUCCUCCUAACAUUGAACACGCACACCUCAGAGAGGUCAAUCUUACCAGUUGGAGCAUUGGGGACGACCUAUAUACAUCCAGAAUCUUUAUGCUCUUUGUGUCUUGUUUUUGAAUCUGAAAUGUGUGUGCUCUUUAUUCACCAAGCCUUGGGUCAUGAUUCUUGUGUGGUGUCUGUUUACUGCCAUAGUCAUAUGCAACUGUUGUGGCCAAUAUCUUCUGAAUUCCACUUGUUUGUGCACACAUCUCCAUACUCGGUGACAACCUGAAGACAAGUACUAAAGAUGAUUGUCAUAGAGAAGGUAGUACAAUAUGUGAGGCCCUUGGCAAGUCAUUCUAUAUUAAUUGAAAAUGAAGCAUUUUGUCAGAAAUGUUGAAUCUUCUGCUCCCCAGUUCUGCCUUCUGUGAGAAUUACGUUUGUCGAUAACCCAUAUUGUUAUUCCUUUCGUUAAUUUAGUUAUUGUUAGAUUCUUGGCCAUAUACUCUACAAAGGCUCUUAGACAAUGCACUGCCUUUUCAUGUAUUGAUAAGAAAGUAUUGUCAUUGAUUAUUUUAAAAGGAACAUACUCUUCCUCCCCUCUUUCUGUAGUUACUUUUAACAUGUGUAAGUAUAAAGUAUGUCGUAUGGAUGUAACUUAAAACUGGAUGACUAAUGUUUUAUUUUACACAGAUGGAAGCUUGUUUGUCUCCUAUGCACAUCAUUUUCCAAUGAAAAACGUUAUCUUAACUUGCUGAAGUAAACACCUGAAUAAAUGUUAUGCCAGAAUCUGAAGUUGCUUUCAUUCAAUUUUUUUAUAACAAAUGUGUUACUUUUAAAGUUCAUGCUAAGAUUAUGCCUGUUUUACAUAGCAUUGUUCCAUUAUAAUGAAAAAGCAAGUUUGAUUAUUUGUGCAGGUUGUGCAGUUUUUCUUUGUGUUGUACUUGUACGACAGAUGUUGAUGAAUGAUCUACUUGUGGGAUUUGUUGUCUAACUGUGUGAAUUCAUCAUUGUAUUUGACACUAUCAGACGAUAUUUCAGUUCAAAUUUUCUGCCAAGAAAUUCUUAACAUGUUUCAACUUGAGGCAUCUAUCACGUGUCACUGAUUACAACAAAUUAUGUUAAUUAAGAUAACAAAUAUGAAUGAUUGAGUCCAAAGACCAAUUAUAUUGAAAUAACUUCGUUGUACUACGGAAUAGCAAUUUUGUAACCAGAUAACCGUCUGAUUAAAGGCUAAAACAUUU